AUGGCGACCCUCAAACCCUUCUCGUCGUUCUUGAUCGGGCUGCUCCUCUUCUUCUGCUUUGUCCGCCCGACGCUUGCGUUCGGUGCUGGAAACAUCGCUAGUAUCUCUUCGGUUGAGGGGCAGAACUGGCGCCACGGCGAUAUCGAAGAUGCCCUCCUCAAGAUCGUCAUGGCACGCGCCGUCGGCGGCCAGCGCUUCGACAAGCUGAUGGUCGCCCGCGUCUACUUCGGCAACUGGCUGCGCGACUACUCACAGGCGAUCGAUAUCGGCACGGUCAAGUUCGUCUCGGCCGAAGCCAUCCGCCUGCUGCUCUGCAUCCUGGGCUUCCUCACCUUCGGCUACGGCUCCCGCGAGUUCGAGGUCACCGCUGAACGACUGGGCUGUUACAGGCCUGAGGAUCAUAUUGACAAUCCGAAGGGGUAUGGCGAGGGCCAGGAUCCAAGGCAGUAUGAUCCUAGACUGAGGGGCCCUGUGGAUGAGGAGACAGAACUUGCGAUUGAUGAGGAGACGGGAAUGAAGAAUUAUAUCGCGAAUGAGAAGAUUGGGAUUAUGACCAGUGCGAAGCACGUGAGGAAUUUGUUUGGGAAAUGUAUCGAGCUGGGACGGGAGUACGGGCGGAGUGGGAAUAAGGAUGAUUUGUAUGAGGCGUUGAGGCUUCUUGGGACGGGGCUGCACUGCUUGGAGGCAGACUUCUUCGCCCACAGCAACUACACCGAGCUGGCGCUGAUUGAGCUCGGCGAGCGCGAUGUCUUCCCUCAUGUCGGCCGCAACACCAAGCUUAGGAUUCCUGGUACCCGCGGCUCCGUCUACCCCAUUGUUACUGGUACCUUUGGAGGUGUUGACUUCCUACAUUCUGUCACGGGCGAGGUCUCCGAUAAAAUGAUCCAAUCCGAAAUCGACGACCUCGAAGGCAUGAUGAAGCAGUAUAAGAACGGCGACACCAGCAUCCUUCGUGACCUCCUCGACAAGAUCCCCGACGGUCUCAUCGGCGGUAAGAAAGACCAGCUAGACGACAUCCAGCAGAACGCGCAGGCAGCCCAAGUCGAAACUCUGUCCAUCUCGCCGCGCGACCCCGAAGAAGUGACACAGUAUGCGCAGCAAGUCUUUGCGCAAAUUAUGCCGGCGAUCCAAUUCCACGACGAGCUGCUGCAGGACAUUUCCCGGGCGAUCAACAAGGUGCCGAUCCUGCCGAAGAUCAUUGAGCAACUGGAGGAGCAGCUCUCCCUUUGGGUUUUCAGUAUUAUUGCUCCUUUCGUGAUUCCGCUGAUCGAGCAGAUCAAGAAUGAGUUGCAGACCGGGUCGAGCGAGAUCAUUGAGAGUUCCAAGAGGGAGCAGCAUAUCGUGUUCGAGGAUGAUGAUUGCAGCGAUCCGACGCACUCUAUGCUGUCGAAGGAUCAUUUCACUAACAUCCUCAACGAAAUAGCAGGCCGUACCGCCUCCAAAGUUGUCUCCUGGGUCGUCCCGCAAAUCAUGUCCGCCUGGGACGAUGAAGACCUCGAUGUCGAUUCCCUCCUUAACAAAAUCAUCUACGGCGUCCUCCACCACCCUGCCCAGCGCGACAUGGGCCCCGACGGCGCUGAAGAGGGCCGCCAGCUCAUCUUCGAGUCCAUCCGCACCUGGUGGGAGGACGAGCUCUCCGAGUCGCAGCGCGAGGAGUACCGGCGCAAGCUUUCCCGCGAGGGCGUAGAGAAUGGGGAGAACCAUAAGGAAGGGCAGAAGGACUGCGGACAUGGCUGUGGUGGGAAGUUGAAGAUGAAAAAGAAUUAUCGGAAUGAGGCUCCCCAGACUGUUGAAGAUAAGAUUGCAGGGGCCGCGGCGGGGGCUAUUGUGGAUGGGCUAAAAAUGAGUGUUGCGGAUGUCGCACAGGGGAAGAUUACAUCUGGUGGGACGGGGAGCGGGUUUGGGAGCUUUUUGAGCAGUCUUACUGAUAAUAUCUUGUCGGCUGGAUCUAAGAGAUUCAAGGAGGAGUUGGGCAGAUUCGGAAAGGGCGAGGAGGAGGAGGAGGAGGAGGAGAAGCCUAGCUACUCUAGCGGUGGCUACGGCGGCUCGAGCAGCGGCUAUGGAAGGAAGAAUGAUGAUGAGGAGGAGGACGAAGAGGAACGUCCUUCCUACGGAGGCUACGGACGUCGUCGCGACGACGAGGAAGAAGACCGCCCUAGCUAUGGCGGCGGCUACGGCGGCGGCUACGGUCGUCGUGACGACGACGACGAUGAGGAGCGUCCCUCUUAUGGCGGUGGUUAUGACGGUGGCUAUGGUGGUUAUCACCGGCGCCGUGACGAUGAUGAGGAAGAGGAGGAGCGUCCCACCUAUGGCGGCGGCUAUGGCGGUUACUACCGUCGCAGGGAUGAUGAUGAAGAUGAGGGAUAUGGCGGCGGCCGUCACCACGGAUGGGGUUAUUAG